AUGGCAUCAGCUAUCUAUCGCCGUCGAAGGAAGCUUUGUGUAUCAACAAAAGCAUAUCGUCAACCGAAAAGUUCAUUUUUUGCAACAGAGACGGAACCCCGUACCUGGGAUAGUCUAUCAUUCAGUUGUGCUGCUGCUGAUUUUUCAAAAUCAAAAAUGCAAUUCCGUUCAUUGGAAUCAUUAUCUGAUGAUUCAUAUAUCAACAGUUUGGAUGAAGCAAUCAGUUAUAAAGCAUCAAUUGUACACAAAAAAUCACUAAAGGAUAUAUCGCCAAAAUCUGUUGCUAAUACAUCCAUUUCAGAGCUUUCUAUUAAUGGCCACUGA